CCACCGUUCUUGAAUUAUAAAGCUGAUUGGGCAAAAUUGAAUGGGAAUGAUAGAUAUGAAGGUUUUAUCACAGAUCUCUUGAACAGAUUGGCUACAUCAUUAAAAUUUACGUAUACAUUGCAAUUAGUCAAAGAUGACAGCUAUGGUGGAUAUAAUACAGAGACGAAUAAAUGGAGUGGAAUGGUCGGCGAAUUAACGGAUCAGGACGCUGAUAUUGCUGCUGGAGCAUUUUCCAUAUCUGUCAGUCGAGCGGGAGAGAUCGAUUUUACCAUACCUUUCCUCGAUCAAGGGGCUACCAUUCUAAUCAAAAAGCCUGAAGUUCGCCCACCUUCAAUUUUUCAAUGUUUUGCACCUUUUACUGGAUAUUUAUGGUUGUGUAUUUUAGGACUUAUAAUUAUUCUAGCAGUUGCCUUCUUUACAAAUGGUUUACUUAAUCCUUUUGAUACGUACGAAAUUCGAGAAUGGAAAAAUGGCAAUGAGGAAACUAUUUCUUCUCUAACCGUGGGUAAUGCGAUUUGGAAUUCCCUGGCAACCUUUCUACAACAAGGAAAUGAUAGAGUUCCUAUUGCAUUAUCCGGUCGAAUAACGCUAGUCGCUGCCUGGAUAAUGGCAUGCAUUGUCAUUGCUACCUAUACAGCUAAUCUGGCUGCGUUUUUAACGGUUGAUAGCCUAAGUUCAGAUAUCAAUUCAAUCCAGAAGUUAGCUUCUCAAAGCAAAGUCAAAUAUGGAACAGUAUCUGGUAGUAGUGUACACAACUUUUUUCGGCAGACUAGAAUAAGCCCAUACUAUGAAAUGGCAAGCCAUCUAGUCAAUGUUCCAAGUACGGAAGUGGGCGUUAAUAAAACUCGACAAGGAAAUUACGCAUUUUUAUGGGAUGCAGCUUUACUGAGUUACUACAAGAGUAAAUACUGCAAUCUAAUAACCGUAGGCCAAGAAUUUCGUAAAGAUGGCUACGCACUCGGGCUCCGGAAAGGAUCUCCAUUCACUAAUGAAAUUAGCAUUGAAAUUUUAAAAUUAAGACAAAGUGGUUAUGUGGCGAGUAGGCUUAAUGCAUGGUUCGUCUAA